AUGCACUGGCGGCAGCCCGCGGCGGCGCGGACGAUGCACGACUUCCUCGCGCUCGCCGCCGCGGUGCAAGCGCACGCGAACGUGACGGACGACAAGACGACGCGAUGGGCCGCGGAGGUGACGACGCGGAAGCGAUCGACCGAGGCGGACGCCCCCGGAAUGUUCCUCGCCCUCGGCGCGAAAGACGUCGCGGACGAGGUGCACUCGUGCGUCCUUCACCACGGCGAGUCGGGGAAGGAGCGCACCGUGCUCGUCCUGCGCGCGGAGAAGCGAUGCGUCGAGGGCGCGGUGCCGGUGAAGGAGUACCUCUCGCGAUGCCGGAAUCAUCGCGUGACGCACCGAUCGAAAAUCGAAGGCGUCGGGUUCAGCGCGGGGGACUUCGACGUUCGCGUUGGGCGCGUGGAGAACAUGCAAGGGAGCUACGCCGGCGCGGUGAUCGAGAUCGAGUACGUCCCGGUGACGGACGCCGCGCAGGCCGCGGUCGUGUUGGAGGAGUUCGCGGGAUAUCUGGCGGAGGCUGUCGCGGCGGCGGAGGAGAGACGCGGCCUGGGGGGGGGAACGCUCGCGCCGACGCCCGAGGCGCUGACGCGAUCGUACGGGUUAGACGGCGCCCUGUUCGAGGACGCGCAUCUCGCGGUGACGUACGUGCACGCGGUGACGAACAUGUAG